UUAGCAAGCCGCAUUUUGAUGACGUUGUACACCAGGUUACAUGAAGUCGUCUCAUGUAAAUACUAUAUAAUAUACGCAGCAACGUAAUACUGAAUGAAUUUUGAAAUAUAUAUAUUUCCCUAAAUGUCGUUCGUAUGUCGUAGACCGCGGCGGUCCCUCGUCGACAUGCUCGCUGUCGGGUUGACAGUUUACCUCACUUUAGCCUGAUUACACAUUAUAUAGCCGGUUGGGUAGCUGCGAGCACAUUAGCAUUAGCCUUCCGUUUAGGUAAGCAGAGGUGACAACGGCGGCGUUCAGGCUUAAUUUUGGAGACCUCGCGCCGAAUUGGAAUGAUGGACAUUGCGACGUGACACAUCACCCGAUAACCUCUCAACUAACUCCGAAUAAAAGACUCCAGUUGCUGUGAUGCUGCCCUUGUUGCCUAGCAUGCAGUCAUGAGCUCGGCCUUGUGGAGCCAGGAGAAGCCCGGUGGGGGCUUCAGGGAGGACUGGCGCUUCUACAUGGUGAUGAAGGAGUGCACGUUGGAGAAGCCUCCCCAGAAGACCCUCUGGAUCCCACGUGGCAGCCUGGGCCAAGCGUGCCAGGAGCGCAACAGUCUGGGUCGUACGCUGCCUCCGUGCAAGGGCAAGAAGAGCCUGCACAUUCUUGACCAGAUCGUGGUGGUGAGCCUGGACGAGCGCGACGUCAUGGAGGUCGACGAGAAGCUGGCCGAGCUGCUCUUUCCCAUCACCAACUGCGAGGAGCGUUACACCCUACUGUGGAACAAGUCCCGGCUAAAGCGCGUGCGCGACAUUGCCUACGGUUCCAAGGUGCGUGUACAGCUGCGCUCUGGUGACGAGCCUCUGCCUGGCGUGGUGCGCUUCAAGGGCUCGCUGAUGCCUGACAAAGCCCUCUCUGGAAUCCUGUUUGGAGUGGAGUUACUGGAGGAGGGCAGAGGCCAGGGCUUCACGGAGGGAUCCUUCCAGGGCCGCCAGCUGUUCCGCUGCGAGGACGAAUGCGGUGUGUUUGUGGCCCUGGACAAGCUGGAGCUGUGGGAUGACGAUGAUGAUGACGAGAUGGGCGAGCUGGAGGUGGACCAUGUCACCCUGGUGGAGCAUGACCAGGACUACCCUCCGCUGGAGAUCAACUCCAGGGUCCUGGUGCAGACCCGAGAGGGACCUGAGAGAGGCACCAUCAUUUUUUGUGACUUGCUGCCGGGUAGUGAGAGCCAGGGCUACUACGUGGGUGUUGACAUGGACAAUCCAAUCGGCGAGUGGGACGGAAUGAUUGGCGGGAAACUGCUGUGCAACUUUGCCAGUUUGGAGCACACUCGACUUGUCCCCCUUUGUGACGUAAUGCCAGAAUAUUCCAUGCAGGACCAAAGGCUGCAAAAGCACACUUUUGCUUCCAGAGGCAACAACAACGACAAGUCGUCCUCUGGCCAAAGCAAACCGAAGACCAAAGGCUUAGCUCAUCAGUGUGGCAGUAGGAGCAAGUCUGACUUUUACUAUACUUUAAAUGGGAGCUCUGUUGACCCCCCAGUGCAGUCCAAAUCCAAAAGCACAUGGUACAUUGACGAAGUUGGGGAGGACCCAGCAAAGUCGCUCACCGAAACUCCACCCGACUUCAACCAGUCCCCCCCGCCCACUAGGGUGCCGCUGGCCACUUCGUUGGCCAGUGACAACAAGUUCCACUCGCUGCCCUUCAGCCUGAACCGCAAGAGCGGGCCCAUCGACAACAUGAAUCACGGGCCGCUCUCCCUAUCCGUCCAGUCUGUAAUGGGGGAGCAGGCCGAGGCACCGUUGCCCACCGCCCCCUCUUCGCCGCGGCCUGCAACACCUACCAGAGGGCAGCCUGGUCUUGAGGUGGGCUCCCUGGUGGAGGUGAAGGAGAACCCCCCUCUGUGUGGCGUCAUCCGCUGGGUGGGUCUGCCUCCAGGCUUGUUGGAGCCUCUGGCCGGGCUGGAGCUGGAAGAGGAGUGCCCGGGUUGCACCGACGGCACAUUCAAAGGUACGCGCUACUUCAACUGCCCGCCUAAGAAGGCCCUCUUCGUGAAGCUCAAGUGCUGUCGGCCUGACUCUCGCUUCCCGUCGCUCCACCACUCGGCCAACCCCAUCGAACGCUGCAACUCUAUCGCUUUCGGGGGCUACUUGAGUGAGAUAGUACACGAGAACACCCCGCCCCGCAGCGAGACUGAUGGCCUGGACAUCAUGGUGGGCAAGAAGAAAGGCAUCCAGGGCCACUACAACUCCUGCUACUUGGAUUCAACCCUCUUUUGCCUCUUUUCCUUCAGUUCUGUACUGGACACAGUUUUGCUGAGGCCGCGCUCAAAGACGGACGUGGAGUAUUACAGAGAGACCCAAGAACUGUUGCGCACUGAGAUAGUCAACCCCCUGCGCAUACACGGGUAUGUAUGUGCCACCAAAGUGAUGAAACUCAGGAGGAUCCUGGAGAAAGUAGAAGCUGCGUCUGGCUUCACCUCUGAAGAAAAAGAUCCCGAGGAGUUCCUCAAUAUACUGUUCCAUCACAUACUGCGGGUAGAUCCUUUGCUCAAACUAAGGUCAGCAGGCCAGAAGGUGCAGGACUGUUACUUUUACCAGAUCUUCAUGGACAAAAAAGACAAGGUUGGUGUCCCCACCAUCCAGCAGCUCCUAGAGUGGUCUUUCAUCAACAGCGACCUCAAGUUUGCUGAGGCUCCCUCUUGCCUUAUCAUCCAGAUGCCGCGCUUUGGCAAGGACUUCAAAAUGUUCAACAAGAUUUUCCCCUCACUGGAGUUAGACAUCACAGAUCUUCUGGAAGACACUCCCAGGGAAUGUCGCAUCUGCGGAGGCCUGGCCCUCUACGAGUGCAGAGACUGCUACGAUGAUGGCGACAUCACGGCGGGCAAGAUAAAGCAGUUUUGCGAAAAAUGCAAUACGCAGGUUCACCUUCACCCGAAGAGAAAAAGUCAUCGGCACGGCAAGCUGAGCGUCCCCAAAGAACUGCACGAAGGCGGCGGGCGCCAGGGCACGUUCCCACGCCAGACGAUGGAGCUGUUCGCCGUGCUCUGCAUCGAGACCAGUCACUACGUGGCCUUCGUCAAGUAUGGCAGCGCUGCCUCUGCAUGGCUCUUUUUCGACAGCAUGGCCGACCGAGACGGAGGGCAGAAUGGCUUCAACAUUCCGCAGGUGUCGCCGUGCCCUGAGGUGGAGUCCUACCUGAAGAUGACUCCCGAGGAGCUGCACACGCUCGACCCCAAGAGCAUCCAAGGCCAAGCCCGGCGGCUGCUGUGUGACGCCUACAUGUGCAUGUACCAGAGCCCCACCAUGAGCCUGUACAAGUAGCCCCCACCUCGACACACGAAUACACUCCGUCUCUUUCGUCGUCAUCCUCCUCCUCCUCUUGCCCCGCGGCCACUACGUGCCCCUCCCUCCCUAAGAGGACUUCCCAGACUUCCCAGAAAGACCCACGUUGAAAAAAUAAACUAAGCAGAAGAACGGCUUGCCGGGGCCUUAUUUGGAGUUAACCCUCUCCACUCCUGUCAAUUGGGGGGUGGGGCAGGCAUCGGCGGGGCUUUAUUUGCACUGUGCUUUUGUUGAAGUGUUGUGUUCUUCAUGUCGUUCUACGUUGCUUCUCUGUUUCUCGGUCUAACCUUUGCAAAACUCAAGAAAAGGGAAUCAAAAGAGGGGGUGGGGGAUGGGGGGGGGGCCAGAGUUGAAAAACAAGUGGGAGGACCCUUAAAAGAAGAGGAGUCCCACUAGUCUUAAUUGGGAAGGACUGUAGCGCUUCAUAACACCUCAUUAGGGAAGCGACGCGGUACGCACAACACGUCUCGCUCUCUCGUGUUCUCUCGUUUUUGUAUUACCCUCGGUCGCAGUUUGUGUGUUGCAGAAACCAAUGUAGCCAUUAUAACAGCCUAGUCCCACUCCCUCCACCCUGGGAAACACUGCACUUUGGCUCUGAGUCCUCUUAAGGUGGAAGUUACAGGGAGAGCUAAUUUAUUGGUCAGGAGUGUGUGUGUGUGAGUGUGACAGAAUACAAAUCUGUGCUACCGAGGGGACGUCCGCUUCUAACGUGUACAGGAUUUGUCCCGAGCAUCUGUUAGGUUUACAAAGCCUUUUUGGGAGUCCGCCCGCCCAACUCGCCGCCUUUCUCCUAGAUGUGACACGCAGCAGAUUAACACAACAAAAGAGAUGUGAUCAAAUAUGAUAUUAUUUAUUUUAAUCUACUCAUGUUUGUCCCUUGUAAGGAAAUAAAACAGGGUUGUUGAUGCUGUCAGGUUUUCAACUACUGACACAUACACAAGCCUGUUAACCUUGAAGCUAUUGAACAGGAAACAAUGUAUAAAUUAAUUUUAAGUUAAAAAAAACAACUCAGUUGCUUUUGAAGGAGAUGCAUAUAAAUGUGUGUGCCAGAACCUUUUCUAGACGUGGCUCCUUUUUUGGUGGUUUGCACUGUUCCAGGGACUCUUACUGCACUGCUGAGUCCUGCCACUGAUGCCCUUCAGGAGACAUCUCGGGAGCCAGAUGAGGUUUUAUUUUGUAUUUUUUUUUUUCUCUGUCCAGUGUUCACAAAUGUAACGUGAAAUUUGAUGUUGCUCUACGUUUCGUUAAAU